CUACGUAACUACGUCACGACGCCACCGCCCCGCCCGACCCUUCAUCUGUGUGCGCGCACUGCUUCAUCCCGGACUCAGACAUCAUGGCGUCCUUAUCAAUGGCUCCAAUGAACAUCUUCAGUCAUGGAGCAGAUGAAGAAAAAGCCGAAACCGCUCGACUGUCGUCCUUCGUCGGCGCCAUCGCCAUCGGGGACCUGGUGAAGAGCACGCUGGGCCCCAAGGGCAUGGAUAAGAUCCUGAUCAGCGGGGGCAAAGGCGGCUCGGUGACGGUGACCAACGACGGGGCGACCAUCCUGAAGGCCAUCGGGGUCGACAACCCGGCCGCCAAAGUCCUGGUUGACAUGUCGAAGGUCCAGGACGACGAGGUCGGCGACGGGACGACCUCCGUCGCGGUGCUCGCCGCCGAGCUGCUGCGGGAAGCCGAGCUGCUGAUCGCCAAGAAGAUUCACCCCCAGACCAUCAUCUCCGGCUGGAGGAAGGCCACCCAGGUGGCCAGGGAUGCCCUGAGGGAGGCGGCCGUGGACCACAGCUCCGACGCGGCGCUGUUCCAGGACGACCUGCUGAACAUCGCCCGCACCACGCUGUCCUCCAAGCUGCUCACGCACCACAAGGCGCACUUCUCCCAGCUCGCCGUGGACGCCGUGAUGAGGCUCAAGGGCUCGGGCAACCUGGAGGCCAUCCACAUCAUCAAGAAGCUGGGCGGCAGCCUCAUCGACUCCUACCUGGACGAAGGUUUCCUGCUGGACAAAAAGAUCGGCGUGAACCAACCGAAGAGACUCGAGAACGUGAAGAUCCUCAUCGCCAACACGGGCAUGGACACGGACAAGAUCAAGAUCUUUGGCUCCAGGGUUCGCGUCGACUCGACAGCGAAGGUCGCCGAGAUCGAAAUGGCGGAGAAAGAGAAGAUGAAGGAGAAGGUCGACCGCAUCCUGAAGCACGGCAUCAGCUGCUUCAUCAACAGACAGCUGAUCUACAACUACCCCGAGCAGCUGUUCGCUCAGGCCGGCGUCAUGGCCAUCGAGCACGCCGACUUCGCCGGCGUGGAGCGCCUCGCGCUGGUCACUGGAGGGGAGAUCAGCUCCACCUUCGACCACCCGGAGCUGGUGAAGCUCGGCCAUUGCAAGCUGAUCGAGGAGGUGAUGAUCGGAGAGGACAUGCUCAUCCACUUCUCUGGGGUCGCCAUGGGCGAGGCGUGCACCGUCGUGCUGAGGGGAGCGACUCAGCAGAUUCUGGACGAGGCCGAACGUUCACUGCACGACGCACUCUGUGUGUUAGCGCAGACGGUGAAGGAGCCGCGCAUCGUCUACGGAGGAGGCUGCUCCGAGAUGCUGAUGGCCAAGGUGGUGACGGAUCUGGCCAAUCGGACGCCAGGAAAGGAGGCGGUUGCCAUGGAGUCGUUCGCCAAGGCUCUGAGGAUGCUGCCGACCAUCAUCGCCGACAACGCCGGCUACGACAGCGCCGACCUGGUGGCUCAGCUGAGGGCCGCGCACCAGGAGGACCGGACCAGCUGGGGGCUGAACAUGGCUGAAGGCACCGUGGGCGACAUGGCGGCGCUGGGCGUCACCGAGUCGUUCCAGGUGAAGCGCCAGGUGCUGCUGAGCGCCUCUGAGGCCGCGGAGAUGAUCCUCCGGGUGGACAACAUCAUCAAAGCUGCUCCCAGGAAGAGGGUUCCCGACCACCACCCCUGUUAGAGGAAGAGGAGGAUGAAGAUGUUCUCUGUCGCUCCGUUUGUUUACCACAAUAAAAGAACCGACUCGUUUAUUUCCUUUUCGUGUGCCGCAUGACUUCCUGCCGCCUCCCGAUUGGCUGUCGGCAGCGUGAGGAUUAGAAACUACCGUGACACGUUGUUGUGACCUGAAGCUCUUAGUGUCAACACUCUAAUGUUUCAAUAAAACAUGUUAAUGAAA